UCCUCCAGAGGCGUGAGGGACACGGGGUUGGCGUGACCGCCUCAGGCGGGACAGGAACCGCCCGGGUCAGCUGCCAUCGGUGCGAGAUCACACCGAACCCGUCCUGCAGAGCAGAGGCGCGGAGGGACAGGGCAGUGGUGGCAGCAGAACUCCCGGGGAAGCUGUAGGAGCACACGCCCUCCCACGGGAUGCGAGAGGGAACGCUGCCCUACCUGUCCAGCCGAACAACAGGAUGCGUGGAAAGUUCCAGUUUUGGGACUCCCUGACAUGGAGAAGCUCUGAUCUGCUGUGUCCACUGCUGGAUACCAUAAUAAUUCUAGGCCAGAUCUCCUACUUUACAAAUAUGCUCCGGUGUUCCAGUGCACCACCGCCCUCAUGUGAAAACUACUGUGAGAAGAGUACUGAUUCAAGUGGAAUUCUUUGGAUUUGUUUGGGCAUAGGGCUGAUUUUAAUACUCACUCUGUUCAUCUUAAUGGUCUUGUUUAAAUGGAAGCACCUAAAGCAAGUAAAAGAAAAACUGGAAAACACAGACUCCUCUGUGGAGCCGAGUAACACUCUCAAGGCCAAUACUGAAAGCAGUGUGAAUACAGAAGAAAUUAGACCCACACUUCCAAGUGAAACAUUAAUGUAUUCAGUGGAAGAAUGCACUUGCAGUGACUGUGGCUUGGUAAAACCUCAGACUGGCUGUGAAACUUCAUUUCCAUUACCAGCUACUGAAGAACGAGCUACUGUUCUAGUUACCACCAAAUCUUUUGAUUAUUACAACUAUGUUCUGGGUGUUGGAUGACUGGGAGAGAAGUAUAUUUGUACUGAGUAAAAAUAAAUGAGUUAUUCCAGUAUAGCUGUUAACCCUAAUACUUGCAGUCAGUGGAGAGGGUAGUACAUCAUUCUUGGAGAUCUCCCAUUGUGCUUGCAUUAAUAUUGUCAUAUUACUUCUAAUUCCAGUAUUUCAAUAGUCAAGUAUCUCUAGGCACUCAACUAGUUAUUGGAAUUUUUAAUUUCAGAAAGUCCUUACAUAGGACAGCUUUUUCUGCCUUUAGAGAUUGUACCUACUUACAGCAGAUAUAUGCAAAAUAAACAAGUUGCAAAUAUAUACGUUCCUAUUAGACUCAGAUCUUGUGCCAAAAAUUACUUGAUGGUACACAAGGAGUGUUCCAAGAGGCAGAAAUGAAGACCUACGGUACAUCCUCAGUCUUGGAAAGUAAUUUCAAUACUUAAAAUAGGAAUGUUCUAAAGAUGGAUGCCUUGUAGAGUAUGGAGACCCCUGGGCUCAGAAGGUAUCACAGGGUCACCCUAAGGGAG